AUGAUACCCGGUGGCAAUGGCCGCCUUCCGCGGUUUCCACUCCUAAUCCUAGGAGCGAUGUCCCGCGGUGGUGCGCCCCAUGCCUCCCGAUGUUCCAUUGCAGCACGGUUUAGUCGAGGCCCCGCGGUAUGCAAGUCAAAUUUGCCUUUUGGCUCAAGGAGCAUAUCCUCAACUUCGUCGCCUUCUCCAAUACGUGGCGCUGCCGCAGAAGUCGCGAAGCCUCCUGGUGGAAAAGUGAAGAGAUAUUUUCUCGGAACAUCAAUCGUUUUUCUCCUCUGGGCUGGAUAUAUAUAUGGGACUGACACCCGGGCGAAUGCCCAUCGGUGGAUUGUUCCGCGCCUCAUUAGGUGGUAUUAUCCAGAUGCGGAAGAUGCUCAUCAUGCUGGAGUGGAGUGGAUGAAAUUUCUCUAUCGGUUUGGCCUCCAUCCUCGAGAAAGGGGAAAUCCAGAUGGGGACGGUAAACUUGUUACUGAGGUAUUUGGCUAUACCCUUUGCAACCCGAUUGGGAUAUCUGGUGGCCUUGAUAAGGACGCAGAUAUCCCGUCAGCCCUGUUUGAACUGGGACCUGCUAUCGUUGAGGUUGGAGGAACUACACCUCGUCCUCAGGAAGGAAACCUUAGAAGUCGAGUGUUUCGCAUCGUGUCACAGAAUGCUUUGAUAAAUCGUUAUGGGCUUAACUCCAAAGGAGCAGAUCAUAUGGCUGCGGUUCUCAAGCAGCGAGUUCGUGAGUUCGCCUACUCUCACGGAUUUGGUUCGAGUGAAUUUGGAGAACAGUGGGUGCUAGAUGGGGGAGCGGGUGUCCCACCCGGCAGUCUUAUCGAAGGUAAACUUCUCGCUGUCCAGAUUGCAAAAAAUAAAGACACGCCGGAGACGGACAUCGAAGCCGUCAAUAAGGAUUACGUUUACUGCGUGGACCUGCUGGGGAAAUAUGCGGAUAUCCUUGUUGUGAACGUGUCCAGCCCAAACACCCCUGGCCUUCGAACGCUUCAGGAGUCAGGGCCGCUUACCACGCUUCUAACGGGUGUAGUCAAUGCUGCGAAACACACGAGCAGGAAGACAAAACCCUACGUGAUGGUUAAAGUAAGCCCAGAUGAAGAUACCGAUGAGCAGAUCUCUGGGAUCUGCGAGGCCGUCCGCGCAUCUGGCGUGGACGGAGUUAUCGUGGGAAACACAACUAAAACGAGGCCCGAAGCAUUACCCAGAGGCUACAAGCUCUCAGCCCGCGAGGAAGAGACGCUAAAAGAGACGGGAGGAUUUUCGGGUCCACAUUUGUUCAACAAAACCGUUUCCCUCGUCACCAGAUAUCGGGCGCAACUUGACAAAAUGGUCGUAUCUGACGACACUGGUGACAGCACAUCACCGUCUGAAACCGACACCACGACAUCACAAAUGAAAUCCCACAUGGUCCCAAAAGUGAUUUUUGCAUCUGGCGGAAUUAUGAAUGGAGAACAGGCUGCGAAAACUCUGAAAGCUGGGGCUGACUUAGCGAUGCUCUACACGGGGUUGGUCUACGGGGGCAGCGGAACAAUUACUAGAAUAAAAGCAGAAAUGCGAGAAAUUGCGGACGGGGUAGAGAAGUAA